GGCGGAAUAGCUGAUUGUGUGGUGGAUGUUGCGAAGUUGCUUACAUCUAAAUAUAGCAAUAUACCUGAUAGUGAAACAAUCAUUGGGCAGCUUUUUGAACUUCAGUACUGUUUAGGCACUGAUACUCAUUUAAACUACAACAUGGCUGAGAGUGAUCCUAAGUCGGUGCAGGACCUUACAAAUGUGGUCCAGACACUGCUGCAACAGAUGCAGGACAAGUUCCAGACCAUGUCAGACCAGAUCAUAGGGAGGAUCGAUGAGAUGAGUACACGUAUUGAUGACCUGGAGAAGAACAUUGCUGACCUGAUGACCCAGGCUGGAGUUGAAGAGAUUGAGGCAACACCCGAAAAGGCUAAAGAGGGUCAAGGCUCAUAAUGAAGGUUCCUAACAAAGUGUGAAGUGGGUCCUCUAUUUAGGAGCAGCAGACCUUUCCUUGAAUUCUAUUGAUAUGGUGUCAUUGUGUGAAAUGCUUUUUAUAUACUGAAUAUUGUGAUAAACGGUUACAGUUAUGUGAUGACCUGAAAAUUUGAGCGUUAUUUGUAAGCUAGCUAUAGUGUGAUAUUCCCUUUAGAAAGUAAAAUGCUAACAUGCAGGAAUGUAAUUUAAGGAUUUAGAGGUUCUUGCGCUGCCAUCAUAGAUUAUAAGUCAGUCCCACGAAGCAAUGGCUUGAUGGAGACUGUUUUGCCAUAGUCUGCACCGAGAAGUACAACCCGCAGGGCUAACUGGCUAGUAGAACCUCCAUCCCUGCCAGCAUGGGGAAUGGGCAACUUUAAUAUCUGCAGCCUGCAGUGUUUUACAUAAAGCAUUGUUACUACAAAGGUGUGGGAUGCAUUCCAGUUAUGAUUUCUUCUAUUAAAGUUAUUUAAUACAA